UGAAAAAUAAGAAGGGCAAGCAACACAAGGUUUUAGGCAGGGUUUACUCAUCGUCUUCUUCAACCUCAUUUCCACUCCUUAUCCACCCAUUCCACCUCUCAAACCAGAAGCAACCAAUAUCAACGAAGGUAACCAUGACCUCGUCAGCUAUCUUCUCCCCAAGCCCCAGAGGUGACCUUCAAUCUCCAUGGUCAACUAAAACUAUCAAACCACGAAAACCACAAAAACCCUCUACUCAUCUUCCCACUCUUCAGCUCUUCAAACAUCCAUCUCAAAACCCACUAAUUUAUUCAUCCUCUUUCCCUCACAACCUUAAAUUACCAUCUCUAAAAGACCCAAUUUCAUCCACCCAUUCUCACCCCCUGCCUGACUCCGCCGACGAAAACUUCACCAAAAAUCUCGAAAAUCUCGCAACUUUACAGCGAAUUACACAUGGGUUUGAUUCGAUAUCUACUCCGGAGAUGAACCCGAAAAGGGUUUAUAUACAAGAGCCACCUUGGAUUACUUCAUUGCUGAUGAAGAAUUUCUAUAGGAGUAAUGUUAAAAAGAGGGUUAGAUUUGAAAUCGAUAAGAGAAAUUACUAUAUAUUGAGAAGGAGACAGAUAAAGGCAGAAACAGAGGCUUGGGAGAAGAUGACCGAAGAGUAUAGAGAGUUUCAAAGGGAGAUGUGUGAGAAGAAAUUGGCACCAAAUCUUCCAUACGUGAAGUCAUUAUUUGCAGGUUGGUUUGAGCCAUUGAGUAAAGCAAUUGAGAAGGAGCAGAAAUCACCGAAUACUAAGAAGCAUCAAGAGGCAUACGCCCCUUAUAUCGAUUCAUUGCCAGCUGAUAAAAUGGCGAUUAUUGUGAUGCAUAAAAUGAUGGGGCUAUUGAUGAUGGGACAUGAAUAUAGAUAUGUUCGAGUGGUUCAGGCUGCUAUUCAGAUUGGAAUGGCAGUUGAGCUGGAGGUUAGAAUUCAGACAUUCUUGGAGAAAACCAAGAAUUGUCCAAAGAAGAAGGUUUUAAUUCAAGCUCAACAAGAUGGAACAAAAGAAAACGAUAUGCUCAGAAAACGUGUUAAAACUUUGAUCAAAAGAAAACGAAUAAUGGAAGUACAAAAGAUUUUGAAAAAUGAAGAAUAUCAACCUUGGGGCAGAGAUAAACAAGCAAAGCUGGGAUGCAGACUUAUUGAGUUAUUAACAGAAAUAGCUUAUGUUCAAUCUCCAGCAAGUCAAUCAGCUGAUGCCCCACCUGAUAUUCGUCCAGCAUUUCGACAUAUUUUCAAAAUUAUAGCAAUGGAAUCAGGUCAUGUCAGAAAGUGUGGAGUUAUUGAAUGCGAUAAAAUGAUCCUCACUGGACUUGAAAGAACUGCUCGACACAUGAUUAUUCCUUAUGUUCCCAUGUUGGUGCCUCCAAGAAAGUGGAAAGGGUAUGAUAGUGGGGGCCACUUUUUCUUACCUUCAUAUCUUAUGCGUACUCAUGGAUCAAGGCAACAACAAGAGGCUGUUAGGAAUGUUCCCUCUACACAAAUGCAGAAAAUAUACGAGGCUUUGGAUACACUUGGAAACACCAAAUGGAGAGUGAAUAAAAGAUUACUUAAUGUUGUUGAGAGCAUCUGGGCUGCAGGUGGUGAUAUUGCUGGUCUUGUUAAUCGUGAAGAUGUUUUGGUUCCUGAUUUGAAUUCAGAGGACAUGAAUGAAAUAAAAGAAUGGAAAUGGAGUGUGAGAAAAGCAAAGAAAAUCAAUCAAGAAUUACAUUCUCAACGAUGUGACAUAGAAUUAAAACUUUCGGUGGCAAGAAGGAUGAAAGAUGAAGAAGGAUUCUAUUAUCCUCACAAUCUUGACUUUAGAGGGAGAGCAUACCCUAUGCAUCCUCAUUUAAACCAUUUGAGUUCUGAUUUGUGUAGAGGAAUUCUCGAGUUUGCUGAAGGGAGAGCAUUAGGGAAAUCAGGGUUAAGAUGGUUGAGGAUACAUUUAGCAAAUCUUUAUGGAGCUGGAGUUGAAAAGCUUUCAUAUGAUUGUAGAUUACAAUUUGUGGAAAAUCAUCUGAAUGAUAUUAUUGAUUCAGCUGAUAAUCCACUUGGUGGAAAUAGAUGGUGGUUAACAGCUGAGGAUCCUUUUCAGUGUUUAGCUGCAUGUAUUAAUUUGUCAGAAACCCUAAAAAGUUCUUCACCUCAUACUGUUAUUUCACAUUUGCCAGUUCAUCAGGAUGGUUCAUGCAAUGGCCUUCAGCAUUAUGCUGCAUUGGGAAGAGACACUUUGGAAGCUGCUGCAGUUAACUUAGUUGCUGGAGAUAAACCUUCUGAUGUUUACUCAGAGAUUGCAGCAAGGGUUCAUGAUAUCAUGCAGCGAGACAGUGAAAAAGAUUCAACAACUUUUCCCAAUGCUAUACUAGCCAGACUCCUAAUUGGCCAGGUGAAUCGAAAGCUAGUGAAACAAACUGUAAUGACUUCAGUAUAUGGAGUUACAUUUGUUGGGGCACGAGAACAAAUUAAAAGAAGAUUACAAGAGAAGGGUCUUAUUACAGAUGAUCAACUUCUUUUUAGUGCAUCAUGUUAUGCAGCUAAAGUGACACUAGAAGCCCUUGGUGAGAUAUUUGAAGCUGCACGUGGGACCAUGUGUUGGCUUGGUGAUUGUGCAAAGGUGAUUGCUUCAGAAAAUCAGCCUGUUAGGUGGACAACGCCUCUAGGGCUUCCUGUUGUGCAACCUUAUUUCAAAACCAAACGUCAUAUUAUAAAAACAUCUCUUCAGGUCUUGGCUUUGCAACGAGAGGGUAGUAUGGUGGAGGUUAAAAAGCAGAGGACUGCAUUUCCUCCAAAUUUUGUGCACUCACUUGAUGGGACCCACAUGAUGAUGACAGCUGUCGCUUGCAGGGAUGCUGGAUUGCGUUUUGCAGGGGUUCAUGAUUCUUUCUGGACACAUGCAUGUGAUAUUGACAAAAUGAACCAAAUUUUAAGAGAAAAGUUUGUAGAGCUCUAUAGCAUGCCAAUUCUUGAAAAUCUGCUUGAAAGCUUUCAAACAACAUAUCCAGGGCUCGAGUUUCCUCCCCUACCAAAGCGUGGCAACUUUGAUCUGAAUGAAGUUCUUAAUUCGCCUUAUUUUUUCAACUAAACACAACACAGUGUCUCUGUACAGAAGUGUAUUUUACAAGCCAGCAAGAAGCAUCAUCACAUCAAUAUACGUUUGUGUCUUAAAGGAUUGAGAUCUUAACAAGUUCUCAUGAUAUUCAUGAAGGGAUAUAGAGUUUUUUGAGAAAUUGAGGCAUUACAAAGUAGUAAAACAUGUACAUUUUUUGGCAAAAAGAUGGAGGUUCAUGGUGGGACCCUCGUGGGAUACUUGAAGCCAGGUAGAUCGUUGACUGAAGAUGAUCUUGACCUUUGAGCUCAUUGAAGGGGUUCUUGAGGUUUGGUUUUAGGGAAAUGUGGUAUUUAUAGUGUAUGUUUUUUGGAGGAAUUAAGAUGAGAAUGGAUUGAUCUUUUAAUGUAUAUGCUAGUGAGGGAUUCAAGUAAACAUUGUUAGUGUAGGGUAGUGUAUAUUUGUGUUGUCUCUUUUUGACUUAAUGGACUUAAUGAGAUAAGACUGUUAAGCUAUGUACAAGUCAAUCGUUUACUUUUGACUUGGUGUGAAAAGGUCUCAAUAAGUGAAGUGUCUUUUUUAUUAUGCCA